GAUCGAAUUGCUGACGGGUCAUCGUUUAGCGUUUGGACGCUGGCAGUGGCCCAGUGGUAGUCGCCCUGGAUGCUUCGAGGCUCCCAAAAUGGCCUCGCCGUGAAUUGCCGGCCAGCAUGGAGUCUGCUUGGCCAUCGUCUUGGGUGCGAGCAGUGGUUUGGGCAGCGGAUGGAGCAUCUGACUACUGGAGUACGCAGCCGUCGCCGAGUCUGAAAAAUGGAAUCUCGCAAUGAGGCGACUUACAAUGCUGGCAAUGGCGGCCCAUCCUAAGAUUAGGAGGUUUGCUGCCGCCACUGCUGGGCUUUGUGUAUUUCGCUGGCGUCUCUGCUUGCAUCUGAACUUUUCUCGGCUAUGUGCGCUGUAUGCCAUGCCUCAGCAGGCGGAUCUUCAUCGUCCAGCAGCCACUCCAAGCGCCUGCUCACCAGCUCCAGGCCGUUUUCAAGCGUCUCGUUUGCAGUUGCCGGCACCAAAAGUGGACGUGACACCUUGUGAUGGGUGGCUGCCCUCUGAUGAUAUCCAAAGCAUCACAUCUGGCGAGGAGGCCAUCUCUCAAGCGUUUUCGAAGCGUAUUUAUGGUCGAUUCGCAGAAACGUUCUGGCAGCUUUCUGCGCAGAAUUUGCUGCUCCUCCGCUGUGAUGUCCGGCAGUACCAGUUUUUGUAUUUGCACUGGCUGGCCACGUAUGUGAUCCAUAAUCUGCUGUCUGUAUAUCAGUUUGUCGCCGCCGCUGUGCAAGAUCGCGUUCUCGUUCCUCGUUCGCUUUAGCUUCAUUAUACUCCUCUUGUAUGCGAAUCAGUGUUGGUAAUAAAGGCCGAAUCUGUUUUCUCAAAAUUUGCUGAUUGUUUCUCUGGUUUGAUUCAGCACGCAGGUGCUCGCCUUGCAUCUGCCGCAAGUGUGUUGCAUUUGUUGUAUUUGCAUUUAGCGCUGCACUCAACGGCCUUAUGAAUUUGUCUAGCUGCUCCGUAUAUCUGGGCCUUUGCAGGCGUUGCACGACAAGUGGUUCUCUAACCAGCUUUGUCGCUUCUGGGUUUGGAUGUGCAGCCAGAGAAUUUGCAAAUCGUUCGCUGGCCACAUGGAACGCGCCAUCAAUUGUACACAGCUGCCGCUGCAAGCGAUUGAUUUGGAAAUUUGAGGUGAGCGCGCCCCAGAUGGACAGAGCAUACUUCCAUAUUGGCAUGAUGAGCUGCUUAACAAUCAUCAUUUUGCAGUCUUUGCCAAUUUGCUGUUACGCCCAAUAAGCCAGCCCAAUUUAUUAGCUCUUGCUCUGGAUUUGACGCAUAAUCUUGUCCCGUGUGUGGCCAGCGUUAAUUUGCGGUCGAGU